GCGAUCUCCCACCCCACCCAUAGCCUGAGAAGUUCUCAACAGCAGUUACUUGGAGUUGUUGCUAGCUAGCCUCAAUCGAGAAGCAAGUAAAGUUCGUCAACCAUGAGGCUCUUCGAGGACCUACCGCCGGCGAUCUCCCACCCCGCCCACACGGCGCACGAGCUGAAGCUGGUGACCACCGGCGGGGCUCCGUUCCGAUGCGACGGCUGCAUGCAGCUCGGCGACGACGGGCCAAGGUACAGCUGCGAGGCAUGCAGCUUCGACCUCCACACCUGCUGCGCCGUCCCGACGGCCACCCUCCAGCACGCCCUCUUCAAGAAAUGCACCUUCACCUUCCACCACGAGCCCCCCUCCGGCGGCCGGCACUGCGACGCGUGCGGCGACGACGUGGUAGGCUUCGUGUACCACUGCCACAAGAGCGGCCUCGACCUCCACCCCUCCUGUGCCCAGCUACCGGAGCGCCAUGUCCAGGACGGCCAGGUGUUCGAGCUCCGCAAGGAGGCGUCGCGUCCGUGCCGCUUCUGCGGAAAAAACGGGUACCGCAGCGAGUUCUGGGCCUAUCGCUCCUACUGCGACGGCGAGGUUUCCUACCUGCACGUUGCGUGCUUGAAGGGCGCCCCCCGAACCCGGAAGGUUAGCAGCGGCGGCCAGAUCGUGCUAGCGGAAGCACCGAUAAUCGACGGCGUGUUGCUGAGCCUGCCCGCGAGUACGCGUAGGAGCCGCGGGUUCGACCGCUUCCGCAAGAUCGUCGGUGUGGUCGCGAGUGUCAUCAUAGCGGUGAUAUUUGGAAAUCCGAUGGCACUGAUCGCCACGGUUGCUGGCCCCAGCGGGCUUCUUCGAGGCUAGCGUUCCAACUUCAACCUGGCAUGAUUGUUUGAGGAAGACAGCGACUCUCUGCUCUCUGCUGCAUUUUUUUAAACUGUUUUCACUAUAUUGGUUCAUGUAAUGAAACUCGUUUAUGCAAACUUAGUUUCUGGUCUCAUU